GAGAAGGAGAAGAGCAGGCUACAGCAGCUGGAGAAACGGACCAGUUGUUCAUCUUAACUCAGAUGAGAGAGAUGCUCCUCGCUUUGCUUUGAUUGCUUCAGUGUGACUGGAGCUGGUUUCCAGGAGGAAGAUUCCCAGUCUGCAGGAAGGAGGACUGAAGGCUUGGAGAUGUCUGUCUGGGUAACAUGGACAGUUUGUUUCCUCAGCUUGCUGACCAGGAGCGCCUCUUCAUCCGAGGAGGAGUUUGGAGGCGCGUCUGGAUCCGGGAUGCUGCCAACAGAAGAGGUGAAUAUACUGCAGGAGCUUUUACCCCAGGUGUCGGAGCGCAGUAACUCCUCCAUGAUUGUAGGGGGCGCCAGUUGUCCGUCGGUCAGAGUUGGACAGUACGCCACCUUGACUCUCCCUCUGGAACAGAUUUUCAGCAAUAGUCUGCCAGACGAGUUCAGUUUACUGAUGCAGCUUCGUAGUCUUCAGAGGGAAGAACACAGCGUGUUCACCAUCCUCAGCCCCGACAGUCUUAUCAUGCUGCAGAUUCGGAUCAGCGCCUACGCCAUCAUUUUCAUAGGAACGCAGCAGCGACAUUACGAGUUCCCAGUCAGUGGCCUGUGUGACGGAAAAUGGCAUCACAUAGCCUUCAGUGUGUCCUCCGACCAUCUACGGCUGUAUGUGGACUGCUUGCUGCUGGAAAGCGUGGACUGGGUCAACCAUGGCUUGGAGAUCGGAACUGAUGGUCUCCUCAUGGUUGGAGGCAUCCUGGAGGCCUUAGAAGCUCCAUUUGAAGGGGAACUUCGCCAGUUGGCCUUCCUGUUAGACGACCCUGAUGCCGCCCGGCAGCAUUGCAGUCACCACCCCUCUCGCUGCAGCAGAUCUGCUCCUAAACCUCCUCGCUCUCCACGUACUAACAGUGCCCUGGAGAAUGCGUCUCGAGGACAAGAAGGGUCUCGUGGGGAUGGAACGAUCCCUUCCUUGCCCAACAGAAAAGGCUCAGUGGGACGUGGAGAUGUGUUUGUGAUUGACGAGGACACCGAUCUGUUAGAUCCAAUAUUUCAAGGUGGUGGAGUAGUGAACCCUCAGUGGAGACCUUCUAGAAAUGGACAGAACGGCGGGCAGAAGGGUAAACCCGAUGUGUCUUCCAAAAAAGUGGAGGAGAACAUUACAACAGAGAAGGAAACAGAUUCUAGGACUUCAUUGGUUGUUCCUCUAAAGCCUUCAGACAAUAUCAUCGACUUGGAUGUUGGAGGUUCCCCAAAGAAGCCGUCUCUGGGAAUCCCUCUGCUUCCUAAGAUGCCCUCCCAUCCAAGAACAUCAACCGAAUCAAAUGAGCUGAUAGAGGAAUCUCCAGACAGAACAGGUAUUGUUUCACCCACACGAAGCUGGACCCCUAUCGCUGCCCAGACAACCAAACCCCUGGUACAUGGAAGCAAGCCUAACAGUGAAGGCAAAGAUCCAGGCAGAGGCAGGCCUCGGAUUGUGACGACUGAAUCCAGGGAUGGAGAUCUGGUCCUGGGCUCUGAUGGGAAAACGUACAGGCUCAAGAAGGGACCACCUGGCAGGAUGGGACCCCCCGGACCAGAUGGAUGCCCUGGUGACCCUGGUCCUCCUGGAUUAAAAGGCGAUAAGGGUGGAAAGGGUCCUAGAGGCCGACUGGGUAAAAUGGGGGAGCCAGGACGCCCCGGACAUCCAGGUUCACCAACAUUUUAUUUAUGGAGGAACACUGCAGAGGAAUGGGCCGCUUUUAAGCAAACAAAUUUCUACCAGUUACUGUCAGUUGGGUGGCCUACUAAGGAAGGACCUGAAGGCCCACCUGGAGAGAUGGGGAAACCUGGAAUACAGGGGCCACCUGGUGCACCUGGGGAGGAUGGACAACCAGGGAUGCCAGGGGAAAUGGGGGAUCCAGGCCCUAGGGGGCCUCCAGGACGGCCUGGGACUCCAGGGAAAGAUGGGGAAGAUGGCACAGAUGGUCAGCCUGGGACACCUGGUCCUCCUGGAUCACAUGGCCCGUGGGGGUACAGAGGAGAACGAGGGUCCAAAGGAGAAAAAGGUGAUGAGGGUCUGGUUGGUGAUCGGGGCCCAGAGGGGGAAAUUGGAGAACCUGGUGAGAAGGGUGCAGUUGGUUUGCCAGGUCCACCGGGUCCCAUUGGACCACCAGGACAUCCAGGUGUCAGAGGUGCAGAGGGACCAGAAGGGCCAGCUGGGCCUGAUGGUGAGAACGGACUGGAUGGCCCCACGGGCCCCCCAGGGCCACCAGGUGCUCCAGGAUUGACGGGAAGAGUUGGUGCUCAAGGAGUUAAUGGCUCAAGGGGAGAAAUUGGACCAGCAGGCGGUGUUGGCCCCCAAGGUCCUCGGGGACCUCCAGGUUUAGAGGGACAGAUUGGACCUCCGGGACAUAGAGGACCACAAGGUUAUCCAGGACUGAUUGGUACGGCUGGUCCUAAAGGAGAUCUCGGGCCUGUGGGGCCAGUGGGCCCUCGGGGGGAUCCUGGAUUUGAGGGCCCCAUGGGUUUGCCAGGGAGACCGGGUCAUCUGGGUUUCCCUGGAGUCACGGGUAACCGUGGACCUGAUGGGGACAAGGGGGAUUUGGGAGCUAAAGGCGACAAAGGAGUUCAAGGGGCUGCAGGCAUUAGGGGCCCUCAAGGCGAAAGAGGCCCUAUUGGUUUACCAGGCUUCCCAGGGGUCAGUGGUCCACCUGGCCCCAGAGGUACUGAGGGGGUAGAUGGUGAAGCAGGCCUUCAGGGGAAACAGGGCAGACCAGGAAUAAAGGGGAACAGAGGAGAAAAUGGACGUCCUGGCAGACCUGGACCUAGAGGAAACAAGGGUUUAAAUGGACUAAGAGGCCACCCUGGACAGCCAGGCACAUUUGGUUACUCUGGGCUACCAGGACCGCAGGGAGCAGAAGGAAAGCCUGGUACACAGGGCCCGCAGGGGGCAGACGGCAGUGCUGGCUUUAGGGGUCCCAGGGGUUUUCCAGGCAAUGCUGGUACAAGAGGACCAGAUGGGCCCCCAGGUUCACCGGGACCACCUGGGAAGACGGGUCCCCUGGGCUCUCCAGGUCCUCCAGGAGAAAAAGGUUUUACAGGGAAACCAGGCCUGGAAGGACCUCAGGGCCCAGUUGGCAUGUAUGGUGCUGCAGGGAACGCGGGAAUCCAAGGACUUCCAGGUUCAAUAGGAGAAAGGGGUGAGCCAGGUUUAAGAGGGUUACCCGGUCCUCCAGGAAAGCCAGGUCCUAAAGGUGUUCAAGGUUCUCCUGGAGACAGAGGACCUCGGGGAUCUCAGGGCCGACUUGGAGAUGAAGGACCUAAAGGCAUCCAGGGGCCGCCUGGGCCUGCUGGUCUUCCAGGUUCUAAUGGUGGGCCGGGCAAACCUGGACCCAGAGGAAGCAUCGGGCCCCCAGGGCCUCAAGGGCCUCAGGGGCCACCAGGAAUCCCAGGUCCACAGGGGGCCGAUGGGUCAAUGGGACCAGCCGGAGGAAAAGGACCCAAAGGUUCCCCUGGACUGUAUGGAGAGCCAGGUCCCCCAGGACUAAGUGGACCUCAGGGUCUUCCUGGUCAAAGAGGAACCGAAGGCCCCCCUGGAAGGAAAGGAGAUCAGGGGGACCUGGGUGCUUGUGGAGCACCUGGACCUCAAGGGCCCAAAGGAGACAGAGGAUCUGAGGGGACAAAAGGCCCUCGGGGAUUAGCUGGACCAAUGGGUAAAGAGGGGGAAGUUGGACAUCCUGGUGAACCUGGGGAUACUGGACCUGCAGGAGAAAAGGGUGACCUUGGACCUCCUGGUUUGACAGGUCAAGAGGGUCCAUGGGGAGCCACUGGAGAAAAUGGUUUCCAGGGCCCAAAGGGAGAAAAGGGCAACAAUGGGCUAAUGGGAGAACCUGGAUUGAUGGGGGAGCUGGGUCCUAGAGGUCUGCCUGGGCUCCAGGGAUUCCCAGGUCCUCCAGGACCUCCAGGACCCGAUGGACCUCAGGGACAGAAGGGGGAGCGUGGGCCGGUAGGAACCACUGGACCACCAGGAUUAGAAGGUCCUCAGGGAUUAAUUGGGCCAAAAGGGGUCAGAGGUGACCCAGGGGGAUUCGGCCCAACUGGACAAAUGGGACAAGCUGGACCAAAGGGGGAUGAGGGAGUCAAAGGAGACCCCGGGACAUUAGGGCUGAAGGGUGAACCAGGAGUACCAGCCCCAGCAGGAGAACAGGGUGAAGAUGGUCCCCCAGGAAUCCAGGGUCCCUCAGGUCUACCAGGAUUGGAGGGAACUCCAGGAGAGCUUGGAGCUCAGGGUCCUCCUGGUCCUGCUGGGGCUCCUGGGACAUAUGGUAAACCUGGAGCAGAGGGAAAACAAGGCACAAAGGGAGAAAAGGGAGAUGAUGGGGAAAUUGGACCUCCAGGGAAAACUGGUCCCAUUGGGAGGAGGGGGAAACGGGGAAAGGCUGGAGUCAGAGGGACCAGGGGAGACAGAGGACCAAAGGGUGAAAAAGGAGAUCAGGGGACAACAGGCCUUCCAGGAUGGCCAGGAACCAUUGGACUUCCUGGACUACCUGGAGAUCUGGGGGAACAAGGUGCAAAGGGAAAAGAGGGGGAAAAAGGAGACAUGGGACUUCCUGGACCACCUGGACCUGAGGGCAAAAAGGGUAGUAGAGGUCCAGUCGGAUUGCCCGGCCCAGCAGGCCAAAAAGGAGAACAGGGAAACAUUGGUCCACCCGGACCCAGAGGCGCAAUGGGGAUGCCAGGAUUACCUGGCUUGUUUGGAUUAAAGGGAUUGAAAGGCUACCAAGGUCCAUCUGGACUACCUGGAAGGAGAGGGCUCCCAGGUCCACCAGGCGUUCCUGGUCCCCCAGGAAAGUCACUAAACAUGACUUUGGCUCAACUCAAGAACCUCAUGUACAUGUCAGACAAGCCUAACUUCUCCCUGAUCCAGAUGCUGCUGGACUCUCUGCAGCAGGAGCUUCGGCUGCUGCUGGAUCCUCCUGAUGGCAGCAAGGAGCAUCCAGCCACCACCUGUCUGGAGCUCUGGCUCUGUCACCCUGAAUACAAAAGUGGAAUGUAUUACAUCGACCCCAACCAGGGGAGCUCAGCAGACGCAUUGCUGGCCUACUGUGUCUUCACCUCCUCAUCAAAACAGACCUGCCUUCACCCCGAACACUCUCAGCUUCCAAUGAAAGCUUGGAUGGAGGAAUCAGAAGAUGGAUCUUUUCAAUGGCUUAGCAGGCUGGAUCAGGGUCAUCAGUUUACUUAUCCAGGUGCCAGUGUGGUCCAGAUGCGCUUCCUGAGGUUGCACAGUGUCACCGCCGUGCAGAAGGUGACCUACUCCUGUCAUCCAGGACAUCAUCUGGGUCAGGAAGAGAGAGACGUCAAAUUCCUCACAGAUACAAUGAGGCAGAGCUACCUCGGAGAGCUGAAAGACUGUGUGGCUGGAGAGGAGAAGCUUUUCGGUUCUCGGGAGUCCGUGUUGGAGUUUGAGGACCUCCAGCUGCUUCCUCUGAGAGACGUGGCGGUGAUGGGAGGCAGAAACUUUACACACCAUUUUAGUUUUACGUUUGGACCGGUGUGUUUCAGCUAGAGGGAGCGGAAACAUGCUCCCUUCCAGAUCACUCAAAUCCAACAGGAACUUUUUUCUUUAAAUCAACGAAAAUCUUUCUCUAAUUUCUCAACAGUUCACACAUUUUCUCAUAUUGACCUUAAGUGACUCCUUAGGGAUGAAUUUGGAGGCGUUGCUUUUAGUGGAGAAGUCAUUUUUGUUUACAGAGACAUUUAUCUGGUACAAAAUAAAUUAAAUAUGUAUGUUUUUUAAUGUCGAUAUGCAACAUUUUUUUUAUUGUGAUGUUCACAUGGGGAAUCUUUUAUAGGCUGAUAAUCUGUAUAUAAAAGUCAGACCAACUUUAGUGACCUUCUAACCAUUUCCUAGCAGGCCGGUUCUGUCUCACUAAUGCGACUGUAAAUGAACCCAGUUUAUCACUUUAAACAAAGGUGCUUUGUUAGAAAGACAAACAUUUAUUUAAAUCUUUAAUCAGACAGAAAGAUGCAAAUGUCAUCUUAAACUUGGUGCUAGCUAUUUACUAUCUGUCCUUGUUUUAAAAGAUGCAAAGCAUUUUAUAUUUUGAUUCUGUAUUGUGUAUAUGUAUAUUUUUUUCUUUUACAUCUCAGGUAUGACGUACACACACAGGCACUUCAUCUGCUGUUGUCCCAGCAUGUUUUUUUUUUUUUUUUUUU